AUGCCGUUUGGUCUAAACAAAUGCACCUCUGAUUUAACAGCAUGUGACCAACGAUUGCCUGUGGGUAUUCAAGAGGAGGCGGAAGUAGACCGAAAAGUUCUGGAUUGCUUGAAUUUGGACCCCCAGGAUGACGGACCUCCAGGGUGUGGCGCCCCAGGGUGUACAGGCUGUGAGAACGACCAUUCGCCUCGAUCGUUGCCGACCUUGGCAGAUCAAAUGACGGUGUUCAAAAGGAACAUUCCUGCUCCGACGCAGAUGUCACCUGUCCUAGGACGCAGCUCGUUUAUCGAUGAUACCGCACAUGGCGCACCGAGUUGGGACGCAUUGUGUGCUGAUUUGGACGCCUUGUGGUACAGGCUGCGGUAUUGGAAUAUCUCAUUUGCCGAAGAGCGAGUUCGGGAUCCGAAUUUGGGUCAUGAGAUUAGUGCUGAGGGAAUCAGGGCAACACCGAAGAUCGCUAAGGGUGUUCAGGAUUUACCAUUCCCAACGACAAUGAAGGGGGUACAAUCCUUGUUGGGCAGCCUGAACUACUACCACAAAUUCAUCGAGGACUAUCCCAUGAUCGCAGCCUCCAUGUAUGAACACUCAGAUGACCAAGUGCGUUCAGGCCGAGAUUUGUUCAGAGCAAAGCAAGCGUUUGAAAUCCUGAAGCACAUGAUCGUGUCGACCCCGGUAUUGAGGCGUCCUGACAGGACCAAGCCGUUUGUUAUCAUACCCCAUGCAAAUCAAUGGGCUGUCUGCGCAGUCCUGGGCCAAGAACAUGACGUCUUAAUCCAGCCAGUGCGUUUCACAGGGCACGUCCUCCACGAUGCAGAAUUGAGAUAUCGAAUAGCGAAAAAAGAGGUCUUCGCCGUGUUGAGAGUGCUGCAAGUGUUCAAAACACUCAUUCAGGGUCUCAUCGCGUAUACCAGACACUCAGUAUUGAAGUGGAUCAUGAAGUCCAAACCUGCAGAUGGGAGGUGUGUGCCCUGGGGCGUUUUACUUUCGCAAUGGAAUCUGGACAUCCGGAAAACCCAACGAGACGAUGACGGCAUUACGCCCCGAGAGCAUCUGGAUAAAGUCGCCGAGGAACUCAUCCCCACCAUAGGAGGUGCGAAACCACCCCCGACAUCUACUCGACAGGGUAGCUGUGGAUGCAUUUUGUGGGAACUCACUGGUUGGAAAAUCCUGGAUGCACAAGGUUUUAUCCUGGAGGACGUCACUGUAAACGACGCCGAGUACUGUGGGCUCUUGAAUGGCCUAACAAUGGCGCGGGUCAGAGGCGUUCGAGAUCUGAUCGCGGUGGGUAACUCAAGAAUCGUCAUCCAGCAGGUACAAGGACUGAUCCACUGCAAUCAGCCCAAUUUGCAGAUGCGAUUGGCCAGUUGUGAAGCACUGAAAACGAAGUUCGAUUCGGUGAGAAUAGUACACGUCAAGCGAGAUUUCAACCAGGCGGCGGACUAUUUGACUUCCAAGACAUUGUUGCUCGGAAGAUCCUGGAGUGUCCAAGAAGACGGAGAACGUCAACACCUGGAACGAGUACCUAAAAUUCAAGAGAAGUUGAUGAAGUCAGCAGAAGUUUGCCCAGUGGUUAGGCAUUCAGGACUGGUAGCCAUCCAGGAUGGAGAAAACUAUUCAGAUGCCCCUGAAUAUCCCUCCGCCCUGGAUGUCAUGGCGGCUACGCUGCCAUGUGCAGCCAAAAUCGUGGCUGCCGUGACACGAGCUAGUGUCCGAGACAGACGGGUGUCCUCGGGGCCCCUCGACCCUCUAGAGUAUCAACGCGAGAGAUGGCGGUGUAUUAAGGUGCGCCAGGAACAAGACGAAUACCUGUGCGAUCUAAGAGAUUUCCUGAACGGAGAAGUCGAUCGUUUCACGCUUCCCCAGUUGCGAAAGAUCGCAAAGGUCGCAGACAUGUUCGCCCUGGAUGCCCGAGGUGUGCUGUAUCGGUUAGCCCAGUCCACCCGCGACAGACCUCGAGAUGCCCAGGACGAAUUUCUCCUGGUACCCUGA